UAUUGACUAUUACUGAUCACUAUAGCAAAGUUUGUACUGAAUUUUGUCACACCUUAGAGGCAAAGAGGAAAUUUGUGCUACAGGAAGUGGGCUAGUUUGCACAUGUUCAGGGGGGCUCAUUUUAGUUUGAAGAAUUCACUUAAACAGAUUUGAAGUCCUUCGAGCCAUUUAUUAAGAACGCCGGAUUUGACUGCAAGAUCACACCGUAGCCUACAAAGAGAUGUAUUCAGUGUGGAAAUCUGUCCUUCUCUGGGUCUUGUUUUGUUUGUUUAGCUCGAUAGCAGCGCCUGAUAAAUCUAACCCAUCUAUAGUCAUCACGGGGGAAAAAGCAACAAGACAAGAAGGAUCGUGUGUCACAAUCGAAUGCAAAUAUAGAUAUAAGGAGGAAAUGCAACUAUUUUGGCUAAAAGAUCCUGAGUGGAAUACACAUGAAAAGAGAUUUGAUGGAAAGAUUGUAUAUAGUAAUACAUCGCAGAGGCCACAGGUUUCUGAGUAUUCUGGCAGAGUGGAAUUUGAAUUAUUAAAUGAAAUCGGUUAUUGGGCCCCAUGCACAUUAACAAUUAAUGAUCUUAAAAAGAAUGACAGUGGAAACUAUACAUUUAGGUACAUAAAAGGAGAUGACAAAUAUAUAGGUAACAGAUUUCAUCUUACAGUCACGGACAAUCCCUGCAAGGUCCACAUUAAGCCACCAAAUUUCAACAAGUCACUCAAAGAAGGAGACAAUGUGAGUCUUCACUGUGCAACAUCAGCAGCCUGUGAGUCUUAUCCUAAAUGGCAGUCGUCUGGUUCAAGUGAGGUUCUCACCACAGAGGACACAGAAGAAAAACGCAGUGAGCUGAAGUUGACAGUGAACUGGACAGAUGAUAGGCGAAUUUUGACAUGUUCUUCUGGAAGCCAUAAUGACAACUGCCUGGAUAGGACGGUUACACUGAGAGUGGAAUAUGCACCCAAAGAAACAAAAGUGCUUGAGAGCUCAAGCUCUAAGGAUGUGAAAGAAGGAGAACAAGUGACAAUUUCAUGCUCCAGCAAGGCCCACCCUAAUGCUAACUUCACAUGGUUUCGACGUCAAACCUCUUUUUCCAAGCAUGGGGAAAAUCUUACUUUACAUAUUAUGACACCAGAAGAUGGAGGCAUUUUCUACUGUGAGGCUAAAAAUAAACAUGGAAGAGAAAAUUCCACUGACAUAAAAAUCAACGUUAUUUAUGCUCCAAAAGGUGUCACCAUCAGUCAUCAAUCCAAUGAUCUCAGAGAGGGAGACCAGCUUACACUCACAUGCUCGGUGCAAAACAGCAAUCCAGCAGUCGGACAGUGGUCCUACAAAUGGUACAAAGAUGAUCAAGAGAUUAAUCAUCAAACAAUGAAUACAUUCACUGUGCAAAGCAUAACACGAUUUGACAAAGGAAGAUAUCAGUGUCAGGCCGGAAAUUCAGUAGGAGAGACCAAGUCUGCCCACAGUACCCAAGUAUCUGUGCAGUUUGUUCCACAAAACACACACAUUAAAGGCGAAAAUAGCAUAAAGUUGGGUUUCCACCUUAAGCUGGAAUGUGUUACCGAGGCUGAUCCUCUUCCUAACAAUUAUUGCUGGUAUUUUAAACCAGAAAAUGAUCACCGGUUUCUCAGCCUUUCAUACCUACAUCAAGCGUACCAUAUUGAGAACGUGACUGUUAGUAAUGGUGGGUCGUAUAAGUGCAGUGCGCAGAAUGUUAUAGGUGCAGGAGCAAACUCUACUGACUUCAGUGUUGUUGUGCUGUAUGCCCCCAAGAAACUAAAUCUGACCAUGAAACAAGUUGUAAAGGAAGCUGAAUCGUAUACUAUCACAUGUUCUGUAGAAAGCUCACCCCGGUCGGUGCUCACGCUAUGCAGAUCAUCUCUGACAAACCCAGAAAAAGACAAAGAAACCCUAAAGACGGUUCAUUCCAACUUUCUCAGUUUAACUGCCAAAGCAACCAUGUCAGAUGCAGGUGUGUACACCUGCACAGCAAAAAACACAGAGGGAGAAGACUCCUUACAACAUCAGUUGAAGGUUUUGUAUGCCCCUAAAAAUGUUAAAGUAUCAGCAUAUCCUGGUGAAGUGCUAAAUGAGGGCUCUAACCUGACCCUCACCUGUACAGCUGAUUCUGUACCCCAGGUGUCUGCUUACAUGUGGAAGAAAUCAAUUGGGAAACAUUCAGUGACACUGGGACUCGAACAGACAAUAACAUUCCAUUUCCUGAAGAGCUCUGACUCUGACCAUUACUUCUGUAUCUCCAGCAAUGAAAUAGGCAGUGCUAAGCCCUCAUCAGUAUAUAUCAGAGUCAAGUAUCAGCCACGCAUAACGAUUAUCCAUAACAUGACAUCACUGAGUAUAUGGGAAAAAGCGGCUCCAAUCCACCUGAGUUGCAGUGUUCAGUGUGAUCCACCAGCUGAUUUAUUUGAAUGGUACAAGCUGGAGGAAAACACCACUGUCUUGUCAUAUAAACAGAACUACACAGUUCAACCAGAAAAUCCAGGAACGUACUACUGCUACGCAAGCAAUGAAGUAGGGAAGUCAAGAUCUGAACCAGUCAAAAUACUUCUUAAUUACUUCAUUAUUAAACGGCUCAUUCAGGUCAUCAUCUCCUUAUUGGUCAUCCUCUUUCUGAUUGGUGUCAUGUUUCUGCUACAAAGAAUUGUCCUGAGAAAAAGAUCUUCAGGGAAAAAUGAGGCAGCCCAACGGUCAUUUUUCUUCUCACCAGCUCCAUUAUGGUCUUUAUCGAACUUGCACUCAUCGGUUAGUUUUCUUCUGUUUAUUUCAAAAGGCUCACGUAACAACAUUACGGAAAACCUGGUGAUGGAGGAAUCUACGGAGCGCUCUGGCUUCAGGGACAACCAUUCAGCCACUGCUGUUCACUCAAAUCCUCCAGCCAACAGGAACAAACAAGCAGGAAGAUUGACCACUCUCCAUACGCCAAAUUCUAACAUUAACACAGUGUAUGAUGCUGUAAAGUUGCCCCCAUCCAUGCUGAAACAACAUCAUCAUACAGAAGAGGAUUUAACCAUGACCACUGUGAACUAUGCUAUGCUACAGUUCAUGGACAGCAAAAAUCCAAAUAAAAGUGUACCGAGCCGUGAUGGUUGUGGUCCAGUCUAUGCUGAAGUUUCAAAAAAUAAACAAAUGGCAAAGAAACGACAAGAUGGUCAUGAAGAUUAUGAAAACGUGUCCGGUGCCUGUGCUCCGAAGCAGCCGUUUCCAAACAUAAACUGGGACUCGGACACCAGUGAGUCAGAAGAAGAGGUGAAUUACACUAAAGUGUCAUUCACUGUAACAUCACACCACGAUCCACAGAUGUAUAUACUUGGUUCAGAUGAGGAAGACAAAACCGAAUACUCUGAGAUCAAAGUUUAGGAUUAAAAGAACAUUUAUGUAUAUGCGUGUAUGUAAAGCUUCUAGUACAAUAUGCAGUAAAUUGCUAUAAAUUAUGGCUCUCUAAAAUAAUUCUGCUAAAUCAGAGCACUGUUAUGUGGCAGUCUGGGAAAACACAUUUUAUGUAACUCUGGCUGAAUAUACUAUAUCAGAAUGUACUUUGACUGAUUUUAAGUCUCUACUUUAAGAAAACAUGACUAUUUUACCAAAA